UGUAUUCUUUCAUGUCCACAGAACAGGUUUAUUUACUCCAGAUAUGGCAUUUGAAGCUAUUGUUAAAAAGCAGAUUGUCAAGCUGAAAGGACCUUGCUUAAAAAGUGUGGAUCUAGUGAUGCAGGAGUUAAUCAACACUGUCAAGAAGUGCACUAAAAAGUUGGCAACCUAUCCAAGAUUAUGUGAGGAAACAGAACGAAUUGUUGCUGGCUACAUUCGUGAAAGAGAAGAGAAGACCAAGGAUCAGGUGCUGCUGCUGAUUGAUAUCCAGGUUUCUUACAUCAACACCAACCAUGAAGACUUCAUUGGCUUUGCAAAUGCCCAACAAAGAAGCAGUCAGGUUAACAAAAGUGCAGUGGGAAAUCAGGGAACCAAUCUACCGCCUUCAAGGCAAAUUGUCAUCCGGAAGGGCUGGCUGACCAUCAACAAUAUUGGCAUCAUGAAAGGAGGAUCCAAGGAAUACUGGUUCGUUCUAACUGCAGAAAGCCUGUCUUGGUAUAAAGAUGAUGAGGUAAGAAAUGAAAAAAUGUCUACUAGAAAAACAAUAUUUAUUCAGUCUUCUGAAACCACCUUAAAAUACGAAAUUAACAUGUACUGAUCUGAAAUAAUGAUU